AUGGCAGCUCCACCGAGUGUACCAAUACCAGCUAAAUCACGUGGUCAUACAUUAUUUGAUCGUCAAGCACAGUUGCAUGCUUACGAUUCUGAGAAACCAUCAAGUCAUCCAUCAACCACUAAUUUUGACAUACCUAUACCACAAGUCAAGCCAAUCUAUGCAGCAUUAUCAGCACCUGUUACAACAUCACCUGUCAUAUGCCCUCCUCCACCUCCACCUCCACCUCAUCAUCAUCCACAUUCACCAGUUCUUUUUCAUCGUCGCUCACCUAUAUCAUCUUCAGAAUGUGAUUCACAUCCAAAUAAUAAUGAUAAUGUACAAUUAAUUGGUAUUUAUCCUCGACUUGAAUCAACAAUUUCUACAAAAGAAACUCUAUUACCACCAAUAUCUUCAUCAAAAACAUCAGAACAAUUACUUGAGACUGAUUUUCCAUUAAUUGAAAAUUCUACAACACAAGAAUCAGAACUUUCCGAUAAUAAUUUAGUGCCAAGUAAUUCCGUAUGUUGUGCUGUGAUUGAACAAGCUUUUGAUUAUUUAAAAACUCAUGAUGACGAUGAUGAUGAUGAUGAUAUUCAUGAGAAAAAUUCAAGACAAAAUGAAGAUGAACCAUCAUACGAUGCCGAUGAUUAUGAUAAUGAAGAAAAUUCUGAUGGAGCUGAUAGUGUAGAUACGAUCGAUCUCGAUACAACAACAAGUACUAAUCAUCAAAAUGACAGUGGUAUUCAUACAUUAUCAUCAGGAGGAAAUAUUGAAAAACAACAUGAUAGUCAAGAAAAAUUAACUGAUCAUCAAUCACCAAUGGCAUCAUCAUCACGUGGAACAGGUAGUGAAGAUUAUGAUAGUGAUUUUGAUAAUCAAUCACAUGAAGAUGAGAUUGAUAAUGAUGAUGAACAAAUAACUAAUCGGAAACAAGAUGAAGAUUUAAUAGAUGAACAAGAAGAACAACAAAAACAAUUGAUUUUACGACAACAAAAAAUACUUUGGGGUAUUGGACAAGAAUGGUUACGAAAAGAAAAAACUUACAUUGAACAAUUAGAAAAGAUGGAUCAACAAUUAUAUCAUAUUAAUAUUGCAAUUAAUUUACAAAUUUUAAUCAGACAAUUAGUUUCUCAUCAUAAAAAUGUUUGUAAAGAAAUUGAAUUUUUAUGUGAACGCGAUCAUCAAUCGUUAAAUUUGACUAAACAAUUAACACGUGCUAUUGAAACAUUGAUGCAAACACUUCCAUUCUAUGAUGAUUAUAUCAAAAUAAAUCUUGCAACAAUAAGAAAAGCAUUGGAAAAACGAACAAAUAAUAAUGGAAUGUCCAGUGAAGAUCUUUUGUCUAUUCCUCCUAAACAAUUUCUUCAAAUACUUUCACAAGUACAAGAUUUACAUAAAACAGCUCAAUCAUUCGAAUCGAGUGAUCAGGAAAGUUUAAUGAAAUUGUAUAAUUAUGCACAAAAAUGUAAAAUAUUUGGCAGUAGACAAGAUGAAAGUAUAAAUAAGAUUAUUUUAAAAAAUGAAGAUGUUGCUACAAUUGGUGCCCGUGGAAAUCGUGACCGUUGUCGUCUUAUUCUUUAUCCAGAUGCAAUUGUUUGUUGUUAUCUAAAGACAAAGUUACUUGCCAGCCCAAAAUAUGUACUGCUUUGGUUUAUUCCAAUGAUUGAUCUCCAUUGGACAACACCACAAAGUCCUUCUAAUGAUAAUACUAAUACCGGUGAUGAAUUAAAAUCAACUUUAAAAUCAUCUUAUAAAGAAUUAGAAAAAAUACCAAAAUCACAUACUGUUGUUUCAUCUCGUUUAUCAAAAGCUAUUCGCAAACAAGAAAAUGAAUAUAAUUUAGCUCAAUCAAAACUUCAAUUAAUGCUUUCCAAUUCUCCUUCAUCAUCAUCAUCAUCAUCUCGUUCAUCAAUAUCAUUUGUCAUACUUUUUUCAUCUGCUUAUCAACUUCAAGAUUGGAUUGAUUCAAUUGAUAAAACAAAACAAGAACUUGUUGAACGUAGUUCAACUUUGUUAGAUCCUGUAAAUACUCAUCAUCAACGUUUAACUGAAUCUUUAAUACUUAAACGUCUUGAUCUUGUUAAACCUAAUUUACAAGAAUGUAAUUCAUAUGAUUCAUCAUCAAUACCAAAACCAAGUAAAACAUAUUCCGGUACAUUACAUAUAAUAAUACAUAGUAUCCAUGGUUCAGCAUUAUAUAAUCCUAUACAACAACAACAAAAAUUAUCAACAUUACCAUCUACAACACAAAAUAAUUAUCGAUUUUAUGUUGCUGUUGAAAUUGAUUCAUAUAAUACAUUUUAUCCAUAUGCACAAACAGCUAAACAAUCAAUGCAACAGCAAGAAACAGUAGAAUUUAAAGGCGAAGUAUUUCAAGUUGAAUUAGAAUAUUCACUUGCAUUUCGUUUACUUAUUUAUCGUAUUGAUACUACAAUAAAAACCAAUACUAAUACAAAUAAUACACAACGUGCACAAUGUAUUGGUAAAUUUCAUCGAAAUAUUGAAACUGCAUUACAUGAUUGUGAACGUGAUCUAAAUGGAAUAUUAACAAUUGAAUCACCAUCGAGUGAUUUAAAAUUAAAAAUUUCAUUAAAAUAUUCCAAACGUGAAGGUACAUUUAAAAGACAAGGAUCAAAACGAAGUCUUGCUGUAUUUGGAAAAAGUAUUGAGAAAUUAUUAAGUACACCAAAUGGAUGUAUUGAUGGCAUUCCUCGUAUAAUUUUAAAAUGUAUUGAAAUGGUUGAUAAUGAAGGUUUAAAAGAAACAGGUAUUUAUCGUGUUUGUUGUGUUACAUCAGAUUUACAAAAACUUCGUCAUCAAUUUGAUCGAAAUUAUCAUCGUGGUGAAGAAAUGUUAUCUGAAAAAAAUGUACAUGUUGCAGCUAAUUUAUUGAAAUUAUUUUUUCGUGAAUUACCUGAACCAUUAUUUACAAGUACACUUUAUACAGAAUUUUUAAAUGCUAUACAAUUAACUGAUAUUGACAAUCAACAUAUAACAUUAUUGAAAACAUUUGAAUCAUUACAUCCUGAUAAUCGAAAAAUUUUAUUUUAUUUAUUAGAUCAUUUAAUACGUGUUAGUCAAUAUUCGGAUUUAAAUAUGAUGCAUUUGGAUAAUUUAGCUGUAGUUUUUGGACCAACAUUAAUGAGACCAUCAAAAUUAAUUGUAACAAAUUAUUUUUCUGGUAGUAAUCAACGUUUAAAUGCUAUUGGAAAUAAUGUACAAGCAGAUCUUGAUCAAAUGUCAUCAGAAUUACAAGGUUCAAUGUAUCAAUGUCAAGUUGUACUUGCUUGUUUAAAAUUAAGACGAGAUGGAAUAUUGAAAUGA